UGCCUGGAGCCAUGGGCUAUUGCAGCGGCCGGUGCACGCUGGUGGCGGUGUGCGGCGCGCAGCUGGUUUCUGUGCUGGAGAGGCAGAUAUUUGACUUCCUUGGUUAUCAGUGGGCACCCAUACUGGCAAAUUUCAUACACAUUAUUAUAGUCAUACUUGGCUUAUUUGGAACCAUCCAGUAUAGACCUCGUUACAUAACAGGAUAUGCUGGCUGGCUGGUCCUUUGGGUUACGUGGAACAUAUUUGUUAUCUGCUUCUAUUUGGAGGCUGGGGACCUUUCAAAGGAAACAGAUCUCAUUCUGACCUUUAAUAUCUCAAUGCAUCGCUCUUGGUGGAUGGAGAAUGGGCCAGGCUGCACCGUGACGUCAGUAACCCCAGCCCCAGACUGGGCACCAGAAGAUCAUCGUUAUAUCACUGUCUCGGGGUGUUUUCUUGAAUAUCAGUACAUAGAAGUGGCUCACAGCUCUCUUCAGAUCUUCCUUGCACUGGCGGGCUUCAUCUAUGCCUGUUAUGUUGUGAAAUGUAUUACUGAAGAAGAGGACAGCUUUGAUUUCAUAGGUGGAUUUGACUCUUAUGGCUAUCAAGGUCCACAGAAGACAUCUCAUUUACAACUACAGCCCAUGUAUAUGUCAAAGUAAACAUGGGGACUACGCAAUGUGGGCUGGAGGACCUGUCAAAUAAACAUGAUAUCAAAUUUCAGGAUGGCCUCCUGGUUCUUCAAAGAGAAAAAAAAUAAUCCAGUUUUUGUGCUAAAAAAAAAAAAGUAUAAAAGCUGAUUGAACAGUGAGACAAAAAACAACGGACAUCUUCAGCCCUCUUUCUAACAGGCACUAAGGGAAAUGCCCCGGACCGCCACCUUGGACCUCCUGCCUCCCGGCACCGGAGAGCUAGAACUGAGGCGUUGGUGCCAUCUUCUGGCUCUUCCCUACCCCGGACACCGCCAGAACGGCCCAUCUGGAUUAAGACACGAACCCAGCCCUUUCGGUGCUUUCGGAGCCCCCUCCACAUUCCUGGCCGCAGCGAGUCUCCUUAGUCAAGGCAACACUAAAAAUACCAGGAUGACCUUGCAGCAGAAGUCAAUAGCCAGCGCGUUGUUUGCCCUGAAGGCUGUACAGUUCAUACUUGCCUUAACCCAACUGCGUUGCACAUCAGAGAAACCCCGUGCAAGCUUUCUGAAGUAACGUCCUUUAGGCUCAACAUGCUGCUGUUAAUUCUGAACGAUUUCUAAGUCAGUGGUUUCUCCUGUUUGGUUUGGUUUUGUUUUCAUUGUCAGGGAAUAAGGCUCUGUUGCUCCAUGGCUCCAGAGCGACCAAGUAGAAAACUGCCAGCUGUCUGAGAAGUGCUUUACUCUUGAGGCUCCACAGUGGUCAAGAAACAGUUUAUAAUGGUUAAAAAAAGGAAAAAAAAAAAAAAAAAGAAAAAAAAAGGAAAAAUAAAAAACAUUUUGGGAGGGGAAAGGGGUAACAGACUAAUAAUUGAACCUACUGGAAAUAAGCAGCAGAAACAGUGCUUCUUAAUCCCGCUGCUUUUAUUUAUCGCACUGUAGGUGCUUUUAUAGCUAUCUCUAAAUGUCUUUUACUAACUACAGAGACAUCUGCAGAUUUCUAUCAACAAAGGCCAACUGAAUAUGUACUAGCUACAUUUACUCUUUUAUAUCUAAUUUCAACUGAAAAUUCUCUGUAAGUGAGCAUUUUUUUUUCUAAUUGCACCAUAAGGGAUCCAUAUAUUUUAUUUUUUUGUUUCAGCUGGGGAGGGCAGGGAGGGACUAGUUGAGUUGGAGAUAUAUUGAAGACCUUUUUGUGGUAUAUUUGGGGGAUCUGUUGUGUGUUAGAAUGUGUAUUUUAUCUUCCUGUAUUAUUGUGGCUGAAAAAAAACCCUGUGCUGUUACGUAGUUGGCACCAAGAUGCCUUUGGGAAUUUUGCUAGUAGGUCAAUGUGUAUACGAAAUACUCUGAACUCCUAGGAACACGUUUUGUUCUAUAUCUGAUCUGUAUUUUCAAGCACUUAGGUGGCUUAUAUUAGGAAAAAAACAAUAAUUUGCUCAGGCUUUUCAGGAACUUGGAUUGUCAUUGUUUCUUUGCUCAGACCUUGCAUAGGCAAAUGCACACAUCUUCCACGCCUGAGGUGGUCAGGUAGCUUUUGAGGGCAAGAGGGAAUUUCAGUGCCAGGAAAGGCUGGAGCUACCCUGAGCAUCUCCCUUUCCCUGGCUGGCCAAACCCUGGUGCCCACACGGCUCCCAAGCUUCCAAGGCUUGUGCUCACACCACUCAUCCAUCCCUGUACAAACCAGUGCCCUUUGCUGUGUCUGCAUGGAUGUACAGUGUCAGAAGCAACAACUCUGGACAAUGACAGAGGAACAGGCAUUCACCAGUGAAAACAAGAUACAGGACAUGUUCAGGAACUAAAAGUACAUUUAUUCAGUGAGAAUUACAAAUAUAUAUAUAUAUAUGUAAGUGUGUGUGUGUGUCUAUGUAUAUAAAAUACACAGGAACAACUAUUGACAGGAGCUGCAUAAUCCAGGAAGCAUCUGAUGCUCAAGACCAAGGGCUCCAGCCUCAGAUGAUGCUAGGUAGGGGACUUCCUGCAUGAAUUGGGCAUGUCCCCUAGGCCUUAUCCCAUAGAGUCAUACAUUACUGAUUUGGAUCUCAAAUUUAAUUUUUCAUACUUGAGUUCCUGAAAUUCUGUGUUUAUUCUGGGUAGAGCUGCUUUUCAGUCCCUGGAAAAUCAUGCAACUUCCAAGUGCCAGCUUGAAAUUGCCCAUAACUUGAAAAAUGUCAAAUGUUUCUACUUGUAUGUAGUGUCAAAUAUAGCAGCUGUAUAAUAUUAAACACAAUGUAGAGGUUCAACUGGAAUGGAAAUGUUGUAACAGGGUAUUUUAGCUUUCCCUGUGAUACAGUUAAUCAAAAUCAUAUUUCUAUAAAAUAGUCUUUGAAUGUGAAAAGAAACCAGUUUAGGCAUCUAAGCAGUAACCCAGUUUUCAGAAGAUAAUAUUCCAUAUCCUUCAGUGGUCUCCCACAGAAUGAUAGCUACUGGUACUUAGCAAUUUUAGAAGUUAGACAAUUUAAUGAAGUGUCUACAUGUAGUUUUAAGGCCUAAUUUUAAUUUAGAAUAUAUUGGCCUUAAUUUCUCUGUGUCUUAGUCUUCCCACCUUUAAAAUUGUAAUAAUACGUGCCUCACAGGCUUUUUGUGAGGUCUGGAUUGUUAAUGUUUGUAAAGUGCUUAGCAAAUAGGAAGCACAUGACUAAUUAUUACAAUAUACAUGCAUAUUCAUAUAUUACAUAUAGAGUAGACAUACACUCACAUACACACAGUAUACAUAUAUAUAUAUAUAUAUACGUACCUACCUAUAGGAAGCUGGUAUUCAUAACCCUGCUUAAGUUGCAGUUAGAGCACCACCAUUAAAAAGAAAUUAGGACUGUUGACUAUUAAACUAAAUUAUUAGUGGACAGAUCUCUUCUGGAAGCAGUUUAGAGCACAGCAAUGUGAGAAUAUCUGGGUGACAUUUUUGACUUGUACAGCUGUAUCCUCCUCAAAAUCCAGUAAAGAAUGUUAUUUUUCUAGGCUGGGCUUUUGUUAUAAACUUAAAUAUUCAGAAGGCAAGAGAUACAAUCCAAAUGUGUCUUUUUUUUCUUUUCUUUUUUGCAUUUGUUAAUUCUGAAUGUAUUUUUAACAGAAGUGAUUUUUUUGACUUACUAGUGUAAUUUGCAUUUAAAAAAAAAAAAUAAAAGGAAAAAAUAUA